AUGGAGACGGCUUCGAGCGUAGCCGCGACUCGCAAAGGAAAAAGUGGCGCGCCGUUUCGGAUUCUUGAAGAUGCAGUGAUCAAGUGUUUUGGUGUCAUUGGUGUGCGUUGGGUGCUGACAUACCUGGUGAAGUCCUUCCGUGGAGGUGGAAGAUUGAAACCUAGACUCAGGGGGAGUUUAGCAAAGAUGGUUUCAUUGAAGAGAUCUAUGAAGAUUGCAGCUGUAGAAGACAGUGUGCUCCGGAGCAACUUCGUGAAAGAGAAAGACAGAGAGCUGCAUGCUGUUAAACUGGAUAACGAAGCAUUAUGUUGCCUGGGCGAACAAAACAAAGAACUUGCUACCCUCAGAAGGGAGCGUGAUCACUCUGAUGCUGAGAGAUCCCAAAAUUUACAUAAAUUAUCUGAACUUCAGGAGCAUUUUCAAGAGAAAGAGAGACAAUACGUUGAAUUGCAGGAAUAGAAUAGGAUAGUUCAAGAAACAGUCAUGUACAAGGAUGAGCAACUGAGAGAAGCGCAAGGUUGGAUUGCGCGUGCUCAGGAGAUGGAUGUUACAAAUCACUCCUUGCAGGCUGAAUUGCGAGAACGUACCGAGCAGUAUAACCAGCUCUGGCUUGGUUGCCAAAGACAGGUUUGAUGGAUGGAGAGAUUGCAUGUACAUACAGUGCAACAGCUUAAGCUUGACCUUGCCAAUGUAAAGGAAGGUGGUGGCUUGAAAACGAAGUCCAACGGUGCCUCCCACUCCCAGACUUUCCAGAACAGAGGUCAGGUGACGCCUCUACAUUCUUUUGUCAUGCAUCAACAAGAGAUUCUUAAGCCUCAGGGAACUUCACCACCUCAUGUUGCACAGUCAGCAAAAGGUGCUGUACCAGCUAGUUCACAGUUGCCUAUGCAGAAUCAUGUGCAUCCAUCUCAAGACGUUCAUGGCUUGGUUAGAUCUGAUGCGACGAGUGAGUACCAAGUACAUGCCAAAGGACAGUCCCUUGUUCAAGGGUAUCAAACUAGCCAUGGAGCACAAUUCGGAUCAACUACACCAUCGUCCUCUGUGAAUGAACAGGUAGUGGAAUCUGGCAAUGGAUCCAAUACGUCAGAGAAUAACUUUCAAGACAUUUCUUCACAGUUCCGUGAUGCGCUAAGGCUAGAUUCCAAUGCCCUAACUCAGAAACCUGAGGAGGCUAAUGGUCGUGAACAAAAUGGUGCUAAAACUCUAGUCUCAUCUGGCAACGCUGAGAGGAACUUAGAGAGUGCUCUUCUCGAUGAAAGGUCACUUUUGGCUUGCAGUCGUACUAUACCAGCAGGUGGAAGAAUCAGAAUCAGCUCAACGGUUGAUGGUUGA